AUGGAGGCGGGGGCCUCCUGGCCGGAGGAGCAGUUCCGCGCGGCCUGCGCCCAGCUGGACCAGCCUGCGGCCGACGGGGCAGGAUGGCAGCUCCUGGGCCAGGCCGGGGGCAUCGCCAUCCACCGCCGGCCCCACCAGCAUUUGCGACUUUUUGAAUACAAAGUGUUUGGCAGCCUCACAGAUUGCCCUCCUGAGUUAUGUGCCGACGUCUAUAUGGACUUGGAUUAUAGGAAACAGUGGGAUGAGUAUGUCAAAGAGCUGCAUGAGAAAGAGUAUGAUGGAAAGAAAAUUGUGUACUGGGAAGUGAAAUACCCUUUCCCCAUCUCCAACCGAGAUUACGUGUAUGUCCGGGAACGCCGGGAUCUAGUUGUGAACGGCCAGAAGGUCUCAGUCAUCCUGGCUAAAAGCGUCUCCGUCCCCCAGUGUCCGGAGAAGUCCGGGAUCGUCCGCGUGAAGGGGUACAAGCAAAGCCUGGCCAUCAGGGGGGACGGCAAGAAGGGGUGUAAAGUAUACAUGUAUUACUUCGAUAACCCCGGUGGCCAAAUUCCCUCCUGGCUCAUUAACUGGGCAGCAAAGAAUGGUGUUCCUAACUUCUUGAGAGACCUGCAGAGAGCCUGUAAGGGCUACUGCCGGAAAUCCUGAAGAAGAUGCCAAAGUUCUGGCUCCAGAGAUGGACCCUCUACUCAGCAGGCACUUGGGCUGUCCCUGUCUCCCUCCUGUCCCAUGGACCGAGAACUGUCUGAUGACCUGUCCCUAGCCUGAUAAUGACUUGUUUCACACCAGUUUCCCUUCCCCAGAUACUCUCUUCUCUAUUGGUGGACACAGGUCACCUGGGUGCACUUAUUUUUCUUAUAAAAGGCAGCAAAUCA